AUGCGUGUCCUCAUUGCGGCCAUCGCUCUCUUGAGCAUCUUUUCUGACCCCACCUCUGCCCAUCCUUCUGUCCUUGACCCCCGAGCCCAAACCAAAAACAUCUAUAUCCCCAUCGGCCAGAUCCUCCAAAACUCCAAAGUCGAAAAGUCGGGCAAGGGCACCCAGGGCCCUCUCAAAUUCAAGGGGACACUCCCCCCAGAGCUCAAAUCCCUCUACAAAAGCAUGGCCCCCAAGCCUGAUCCCCUCAAAGAAUCCAAAAUGGGCCAGAACGUCUGUCUCGGUGAUCCAUGCUGCACCAAGUAUAACGAUGGCAAAGUCACGCCCACGCCCUUUUUCGAGGUCAGCGAAUGGAGCCAGCACCUCGGUAUCCCGCGCCGCAUCUCGGAACCUUUGUGUCCACCUGGCAGCGUGACCAACUCGCGAACGAUAUCCUACACGUAUUCCAUCAAUGUCAAUAUCGGCCCUGAUCUAAAAUUCGGCCCAUCUAUUUUGGAUAAGUUUGGAAUUCGUGUCGGCUUUGCUUAUACCUGGGGAACUGCUACGACAGUCGGAUAUACUGCUGCUUGCACCGAUGGCGGCAACUAUCCUUGCUAUUCUGUGUUCACUCCACGCAUUGGUGUGAUCAAAGGUUGGGGAUAUAUUGCAAACGUGGGCACGGGCGGUUUUAUCUGUUCCAAAGGGCCCAGGUCGUUCAUCGAGAUUCACGUACCGGUUGUGCCAUCCGAUACUUGCAAUGGAGGAGACAGAAAUCCAUGCGGACCUUCUGGCGUCUACGAUCAUUGCUUUGCGACAGGACCGCAGGCGGCUGCCCUGUGCCCUCGCAGCAGUGUGGACUUGAAGCAUCCACCCUCGCGAUCCUGCCCCAAUGGUAUUACCGGGCAGCCGUAA